AUGGAGAACGGCCGGUGGUAUCAUGGCUUCCGGCGGGGCAUCUACAUGUUCCCGUGCGACGAGCCGGAAAAAGACCGCAUGGACAUCUACCACAAAUUGUUUGCCGUGGCACGGAGGGACCAGCUGCACCAGGCGCCCAUUCCCCAACACGGCGCGCCCCGCAUCCUCGACGUGGGCUGUGGCACGGGCAUCUGGGCCAUAGACAUGGCCGACAAGUACUUGAACGCCGAGGUGCUAGGUUUGGACUUGGUCAACAUCCAGCCAGAGAAGAUCCCCCCGAACCUGCGCUUCCGUGUCCCACGCGACCACGAGAGCCCGUGGCUGCUGGGCGAGGACUCGUGGGACCUGGUCCACCUGCAGAUGCUCGGCGGCAGCGUCACGAGCUGGCCAGAGCUCUACCAAAAAGUCUUCUCACAUCUGCGGCCCGGCAGCGGCUGGAUAGAGCACGUUGAAAUCGACAUGGAGCCACGAUGCGACGACUACACGCUGAACCCCGAGAGCGACCUCGUCAAGUGGUACCAAUGGCUGGCGGAUGCCACCUACCGCGCUACACGCCCAAUUGCCUACGAGCACCGGACGCGCCAGCUGUUGCAAGCAGCCGGCUUCAUCGACAUCCAAGAAACCGUCAUCCGUGUCCCCUACAACUCGUGGCCCAAUGACCCGCACCAGAAGGACAUUGGCAGGUGGUACAACCUGGGCAUAACCGAGGGCCUGGACGCGCUGACCUUCGCGCCCUUGACGAGAAUGUACAGGUGGGAGCUGAUCGAGCACAUCAGGCCGCUGCUGGACAGCGUCAAGAGGGAGAUCUGCAACCGCAAGAUCCAUGCUUACAACAACAUACACAUUUGGACGGCCCGUCGUCCUCAGCAAUAG